UCAGUGCGUGUGCAUGAGUGUCCGCAAAGCCGCUGCUGCUCCUCUCCAGGCGCGCGUAGCGCAUAACCAUCCACAAACUUUGAUGAGCCGUAUCCUCCACCAAGGCAACAAAACAACCUAGGCUGAAUACGUUUUUGAAUUAUUUUAUAUUCUGUUUCCGACAAUCCGGGACGACCACGGUGUCGAGAUGGAAAGCACUCCUGUUGAAAUAUUCAAAGAAGAGAAUAAGUGCCUCUCCACGCUGCUGGACGACUGUCCGGUGAAUUCUUCAGCCUGGGUGUCCGGAUACUCCGAGAGCCGCAAUGUGACCCGCAAUGAUAGCUGGGAGGCGGAACACAUGUCCCCCAUAAUCCCCAUCAUCACUGCGGUCUACUCCUUGGUGUUUGUGGUCAGCUUGUUGGGCAACUGCCUGGUCAUGUAUGUGAUCAUCAGGUACACGAAGAUGAAGACAGCGACCAACAUUUACAUUUUCAAUCUAGCUCUGGCUGAUGCCCUCAUCACCACCACCAUGCCCUUCCAGAGCACGGACUACCUGUUGAACACCUGGCCCUUUGGUGAGGUGGUUUGCAAAGUGUUCAUCUCCAUCGACUACUACAACAUGUUCAUCAGUAUCUUCACCCUCACCAUGAUGAGUGUGGAUCGCUACGUGGCUGUGUGCCACCCUGUGAAAGCUCUGGAUUUCCGCACUCCAAUCAAAGCCAAGAUGAUCAACGUGUGCAUCUGGAUCUUGUCCUCAGCUGCGGGGAUACCUGCUUUUAUCCUCGGUGGCACCCAGACCAAGAGUGGAAUAACUGAGUGUGCCUUGCAGUUCCCAGAGCCGUACGUGUACUGGGACACACUGAUGAAGAUCUGUGUGUUUGUCUUUGCUUUCGUGGUGCCUGUGCUCAUCAUCACUGUGUGCUACUCCCUCAUGGUCCUGAGGCUGAAGAGCGUCCGAAUGUUGUCCGGCUCCAGGGAGAAAGAUCGCAACCUGCGGAGGAUCACGCGUCUGGUGGUGGUCGUGGUGGCUGUGUUCGUGGUCUGCUGGACGCCCAUUCACAUUUUCGUCUUGGUUAAGGCGCUGGUGGGCGUACCUGAGACCACCGCCAUCAUGGCCGCCUACUUCUUCUGUGUGGCUCUGGGCUACACUAACAGCAGCCUGAACCCUGUCCUGUAUGCCUUUCUAGAUGAGAACUUUAAACGCUGCUUCAAAGACUUCUGCCUUUCGGCCAAACUGAAGGGGGAGAAGGCAUCGGGGAGCAAGAAGAUUGCAAGCAGCGUUCGGGAGGCCGCUGUUCCGUUGGAGAACACCGAUGGGACUAGAAAGCCGGCAUGACUAGCCGUGGAACUGUCUUCAAUUUCCCACAUCGGAAAAGAAGACUCACAUGACCUUGGCAUAACCCAUGUCACAUCAGCCAUGUAGUUUUGACUUUUUUUUCAUCAUCACUUGGACAUUGACCAGUGCCAAUAUUCAUAUGAUAUAACUUCAGAAAGCAAUGGAAGGUUUUACAUGAUAAAUUGUACUCCAUUUUGAUUUGAUGUACCCUCAUGAGAGUUGUUACAUAGAUUGUUCACUUAGUAUCACACAGUAUCAGAAACUAAUACUUUAAAUAUUGCUGUGAAUGGGCAUCCCCAAAUCAUAUGGCACAUCCUGAAAAAUAUUGCAUGUAGCCAGCAUUUAUUUCUCAUUUAAUGGACAAAUCAGAAAAAAGACUGUAACAACAUUGGCUCCUUGACAUCAGUGUUUUAAUGUUUUAUGAUCAUUAAGUCACAUUUUGUUUAUGCGUUUCUCAAAUUCAAUCUAUUUCUAUCAUUCCCUCCUAUGUUUCUAUAGCCAAAUGUGCCUUUAAUAGUCCAGGAUAACACGGUUGUAGCGGCGAUAAAUUAUUUUAGUAAUGAUAACUGAAUGGGGUCAAACAGCCACUGCUUUUAAAGAAAUGCAGUUAACAUGUUAGCUUCAUGAAUCACUGACAGCAGAUAUGUGUCAAAAUCCUUUUCACCUCUGUGAAAUGUUCUGAAUGACCACAAUGUGAAAGAAUUGAUUCAUGUUGGACUUUGAAGUCACUGGGAGGUAAACAAAAACCUCUGCCGCAUCAAAGCAGCAGAGGUUUUAUCGACGAAUAAAGUUUGAAAUCCUGGACUUGAAUGUGCUUUUAAAAUUGGACAGAGGGCUCUCUAUCAGCUUUCACUCUGGUGUUGUUUCCAGAUUGAUAAGCUGUUUGAUGUAUGGUAUAUAGUCAUGUGUGCUUUGUGUGGCUUUUACCAUGACAACCUCAAUAGUAAUGUUCUCAUCAAUCUAACAACAUAGCUGUUCAAACACGUUUUUCUCUUAUAAGCUGUACAUACAUUAUGUUGUAUGGAUAACAAAAGAGCUUUGCACAGACUAAAUGAAGAAAUACUGUAUUUGUGGAAUGUCAAUGAUCAUUGCUAUGAUAGUAUAAAGCAACAUCUGCAGCCUGUGCUUGACGCCUGUGCCAAGCUGUCCUUUUGAAUGUGCUGCAAAUAUACUCUGUAUUAUAUAAACAUAAUGAUUACUCAUGGUAUUAAGUCAUCUAUCUCAUUAGAGGUCAGUAAGUAUUAAUGGAUUUCAGUGAUGCACUUAACUCCCAUUCUGUGUCAUUCUUAUGUCCAUAAUCCAGAGCUUUAUUGGUUUGUUAACAAAUGUUUAUGUAUGACGGCAUUACAUUAGAUAAAGCACAGAAGUUCUGUUUUUUGACAACUUAAUAAGAGACAUUAUUAUAAGAAACUCCACUGUGACCAAAACAUCAUUUGUUUUCUUUUCAUUCUCUGUGCUUACUGUUUAAAUUAGCUGCUGCUGUAUAUUGGCAUGGUCAUCUGUCAUCCAUCAGAAGACACAUUGAUCAAAUCGUUCUGUGUGUG